GUGCAGAGGCUCAACUGCCCUCCCUUUGGCCUAAGGAUGGCCUUAAGAUAGACCUGAAUGGAUCUGUGCAAACUCUUUUGCUCUCUGCUCCUCUUUGCGCUAUUACUGUCGAUAGGUCUCCAUUUUGCGUUAAUUGGAGUUAACACUCAGGAGGAGGAAGAGCAGGAGGAACAGGAACAGGAACCGGAACCAGAGCAGGAAGAAGAGCAAGAGGAGCCAGAUAUUCAAGAAGAGGAGUCCAUCGAGACUUGGACAGGAAGGGCCUGCACGUGUGAUUGCGAGGGGGGCUCCCCGUCCGGGAUCCCCACCUUCGCACCCAUCACUACUGUGGCUCCGCCCCCACCCUCCCGCUACUUCCUGGAAUGCAUGCCAGAGUGUCCAUACCACCAAGCCCUCGGCUUCGAGUCUGGCGCAGUGACUUCCGAUCAAAUCAGCUGCAGCAAACAAGAGCAGUACAUCGGCUGGUUCUCUUCCUGGACUCCUGAAAAGGCUCGUCUUAACAGCCAAGGCUAUGGGUGUGCAUGGCUUUCAAAGUUCCAGGACACCAGCCAAUGGCUCCAGAUUGACCUAAAGGAAGUGGGUGUGAUUUCUGGCAUCCUGACCCAGGGCCGCUGUGAUGCGGACGAGUGGAUAACCAAGUACAGCGUCCAGUACCGCACAGAUGAGAACCUCAACUGGGUGUACUACAAGGACACAACAGGGAACAACAGGGUGUUCUACGGGAACGCAGACAGGUCCUCAAUGGUGCAGAACUUCCUGCGCCCGCCAAUCGUGGCACGCUACAUCCGCCUGCUGCCCCUGGGCUGGCACACGCGCAUUGCCAUCCGCAUGGAGCUGCUCAUGUGCCUCAACAAGUGCGCCUGAGCUUCUGGAAGCUUCUGAGGCCCUGGUCAACCAGACCUGAUUAUUUACCUUACUCUCCUCGUUCCCCUGCCCACAGAAAGAGUAGUGCUAACAGUUAAUGGUGUCCCCCUGUCCCCUUCUUCGUGUUCCCACCUGUCCAACACCUACUCAUUUUUUUGGUUUGUUACUCUAAAAACAUGUGGCCAAUGGUGACAACACACUUGAUGUGUUGGGUUAAAAAGAGCUUUUAGAUGGGGGAAGUGAACCAUUGAAAUUCCAUUGGAAGAAUGUGCAAUGUUAGUUAUCCUAUCCAUGUGUAACCCCUGGAUUAACCGGAUGAACGGGAUAAAAGUGAUGAGACACUUUGGCGGAUAGAACAUGCAGGUGCUAUACAUUCAAUGAAUAUGGCCAAGUGAAGGAUAGGGUGGACAGACUGUAGCUUUAUGUGUGUGGUUCUCUGUGUGUGCCCUGUUUGUGUGUGCGUCAUCAGGAGUGUGUGUGUGUGUGUGUGUGUGUGUGUGUGAUAUGUGGUCCUAACUGUACUGUGUAUGUGGUGGUGUAUGUGAUUACUGCUUUGAUGCGUGGUGGUGAAAUAGAGCUAAACCUCUUCUGUUUUCCUGCAAAGUGGUGGUGUCUAUUUUCUACUUUUCUGUGAGUGUACACGGGAUUACUAUUCAAGGGCAGUCAUGUCCUUCAAUAAACCAACAUGAUCCACACA